CUGCCCGCGGCCCUCGCCCGAGUGACCCCCGCGGCCCCUCUCUGAGCCCCCCAGCCGGGGUCUUCCACAGUGCCAGCAGGUGCCUGGGUCAGCGGCGGGGCUCCCGGCAAGGCAUCUGCCCUGCGACCCCAGCGGGCCGCUCCUCGCAAGGGCCCAGACCCCCUCGGCCCACCUGAGCCCCCUGGCCCCCCAGAUGCCCGGCUGAGACCCAGCAGUGGCCUGAGCUGCCCGCGCCUGCCCCUGGCCCCGAGGUUGGCACAGCGGCGGACGACUCCGGGGGCGCCGGGCGGCUAACGGACGCAGCCCCGGAGCUGAGCCGCGGCGCCAUGGGCAGUGCCAGCCCGGGCCUGAGCGGGGCCCCCGGCCGCCUGCUGCUGCCCCCCGACGCCGCGCUGCGGACAGGCCUGGAGAAGGCGGUGGGCGCCGCGGGCCCCGAGCGGCAGGACUGGAGCCCCAGCCCGCCGGGCACCCCCGAGCCGGGCCUCUCGGCCUUCUACCUCUCCUACUUCGACAUGCUGUGUCCCGACCCCGGCGCCUGGACCCCCAAGGGCCCCGCGGCCAGCGGCGGCCGCGAGGAGCGGCCGGAGGAGCCCGAGCAGUGCCCGGUCAUCGACAGCCAAGCCCCGGGGGGCAGCCUGGACCUGGCGCCCGGCACGCUGGCGCUGGAGGAGCAGUCGCUGGAGCAGGUGCAGACCAUGGUGGUGGGGGAGGUGCUCAAGGACAUCGAGACGGCCUGCAAGCUGCUCAACAUCACGGCGGACCCGGUGGACUGGAGCCCUGGCAAUGUGCAGAAGUGGCUCCUGUGGACGGAGCACCAGUACCGGCUGCCCCCGGUGGGCAAGGCCUUCCAGGAGCUGGGGGGCAAGGAGCUGUGUGCCAUGUCGGAGGAGCAGUUCCGCCAGCGCUCGCCCCUGGGCGGGGACGUGCUGCACGCCCACCUGGACAUCUGGAAAUCAGCGGCCUGGAUGAAAGAAAGGACUUCGCCGGGGGCCAUGCACUUCUGUGCCUCUACGGUGGAGGAAAGCUGGACGGACAGCGAGGUGGACUCGUCGUGCUCCGGGCAGCCCAUCCACCUGUGGCAGUUCCUCAAGGAGCUGCUGCUGAAGCCCCACAGCUACGGCCGCUUCAUCCGGUGGCUCAACAAGGAGAAGGGCAUCUUCAAGAUUGAGGACUCGGCCCAGGUGGCGCGGCUCUGGGGCAUCCGCAAGAACCGGCCCGCCAUGAACUACGACAAGCUGAGCCGCUCCAUCCGCCAGUAUUACAAGAAGGGCAUCAUCCGCAAGCCCGACGUCUCCCAGCGCCUGGUCUACCAGUUCGUGCACCCCAUCUGAGCCGGGACCCAGGCAGGGGGCACUGGGCAGCGGGGCGGCCCCAGAAGCCCCAAGGAGCUGCUUCUGCCUCAGGCCUGGCGACUACUCAUGUGCCCCGUCCAGGGAGGCCGGAGGGGCCCUCCGUGUCCACUGCCCCCCAAGGCAGGCCUGCUCUCCACCCUGCCUGUCAGACUGGGGGGGGUCAGAGCUGCAGUCACCUGCCCAUGGUGACUCGCCUU